CGACCCCAGACCCCUCAUCCAAGGCAAGUUCGGCUCUUAUCAGCCCCACACUCCCAAUUGCCGCAGCGACCUCCAUCACAUGAAGACUUUGCAAACUUACCGGUGAACGGAACGGGCAGCAGUCUCACAAGGUGUCAGAAGCCUCUUCUUCCAGCCGGAAGAGGAAAAGACGCAUCAAAGACGAGGUCGAGGAAGAAGGCGCGAUGCCUCAGCAAGCUGCCGCCAAAGCACGGUCCGCGAACGCAUGCAACACAUGCCGGAGGCGCAAGGUGAAGUGUUCAGGAGAGCAGCCUUGCAGGAAUUGCGCACGAAACAACCUAGACUGCGAAUUUGGUGACGGGAGAAAGAGAUACUCAGAGGCAUACGUCUCAGAAUUGAGAGCCACGUUGACCAGAUAUGAGGACCAAAUAAAGGAACUCGCCAAACAACCACGAGCACAGCCUUCGCCACCAGCCAGGGGGUCCUCAACAGGGGCAUCAAAUCCAAGCCCACCAGGUAUUGCACCGUUUGAGCCUACCGGCGAAGUACCGCCUCCGAGUUAUGCAUCCAUAGAGCGUGCCCCAGGCCCGCUCUUCGAGCAACGUCUGCGGAGUCUCUUCCACGAGAACAAUGGCAAAGACCCAGACUCUCCGGAGAAGGAUGCUCCGGAACACCUGGAGAACGAAGAUCCUCGUGACCUGCCGUUUACCCCUGAAUGGACCUCAACGAACGAGUUGAUCAAGGGCAUCCCUCACCAGGCCUUCCCCAAAGAGGCCGAGUCUAAUCGUCUCCUGAACCUCUUCAACUCCUACAUGGGAGUCACACAGCACUUCUUAGACCAGCGGACGUUCACAGACAACAUGACGCUACUUUUUAACAGCCAAGCAUCUCGAGCUCGGCAGAUGGACACACCAUGGUUCACGCUGUACCUUCUGGUCAUGGCCAUGGGCAAGUUGAUGGAGGAGGAUCCGCGAGAGGUCCGAGGACCCCCGGGAGCGUUCUGGUUUGCGGAGGCCAUGAGGAGGCUACCGCCGCUUCACAGCAUCAGCGAGUACGGCAUUGUUGGGCUCGAGAUUCUGUGUCUAGCGACGACAUAUUUGCAGUGGAACGACCGGAAGAAUGAUGCAUACUUUUUCGUGGGAACAACAGUAAGGCUUGCCCUGACUCUGGGCUGCAACUUGCCAUUUUCAGAACAGAAGUGCUUGCCUUCAGAGAGAGCACACAGAAUGAGGGUAUGGUGGACUGUUUACAUGCUGGACCAGCGUAUAUCAGCAGGUCUCGGGCGUCCAGCUUCCGUUGAUGAUAGGCACCUUUCCUUCGAUUUGCCUGGUCCCUCUCCAGGGUUCGAUUCUCCGGAGCCGCUCAAUGUCAACGUCAAGAUUGCCCGCACAACUGGAGAGAUUAUGUCAUCACUAUACAGCCGAGGUGCACUAUCGCAAGCUGAUCUUGUCAGGAAGAUGAGAAAUCUGCUUCAAUCACUACACGACAUUGGUGGAUCUAUCCCGGCAGAUCUUGCCAUAGACUUCAGCAACAAGCAGUUUGAGGUCACCAGAGCUGGCGCAUCGCUCUAUUUGAGAUUAUUCCAGUCCAUCAUUCUCUGCAUCAGACCAAUUCUCCUCCAAAAGGUCAAAGACAAGGUUCAGAAAACACAGAAGCAAGCCGUGACCUCGGCAAUCUCUCAGCUGUGCCUUUUGUGCAACGAGUCGGCUUUGAGAAUUAUCCGCAUUCUCAUGGCUAUGCAAAGACAAGAAGAAAUUGCUCCCUUCGCGUUCUUCGAUCUGGAUGCUGCCUUCUCUGCCGCCUUCGUCUUGAUCAUGCGUGGCUUUGCACACAAGCAAGACAGCCAGAAGCCGCCACCACAAGAACUCUUCCAGGCCAUUGAUUUCUUGGAGUACCUGUCUUCAGCCGGCAACCAGGCGGCAGCGCAGCGUCUCAAGGAUGUUCGGCAGUUCUCUGCACACGUGUGGGCCAAUGUGGUAGCGUUCGAUAAGGACCAUGACGUGCAGAUGGGAGAUUCCGGGGCGUCCCAUGGGGUACCCCAGGUGGGGAACACACCCGGGGCCGGACUACCGGAACAGUCAGGACCUUCACCGGCUCAGAUGCCCUUGACUACACCGACGCCCAGCUCUUCGGUGCCAUCUUGGGAGGGGGAAAUGUUUGGAGGACCUGCAGAUACCUAUGGAUCAGACACGUUAUUCGGUCUGAAUCUGGAUGAGAAUUUGGAACAAGCCUUUGGAUUGGAAGCGGCGGAGGGCAUCUACAAUAGUUUCAACGAUCCUACUCUCCCCUUAACGGGAGUUGACCAGCUAGAUUGGGCUGAGUUGGAGAAGAUGAUGGCACCAGGGGGGUAUGGUUCUUAGUCACUACAAAUAAUGUCAAAUGGAAUCGAAACAUUAUCAAUCAACGCGAAUAACUCG